GGAGACCUCUAACCCGUGGAAAAAUUGGCUUUUAGAAACAGGACCCGUCUUUGAAUAGAAUUUUUAGGGCGCCUUUCCUUUCCCUAAAGAUGUCUAUGCUGUUAUAGGCGACUCAGUUUGGUGUAGUAGUGAAGGGGCUUGGCGUAGUAGAAACUAGAACAGUAUGAAUUCUACUCCCAUCUUAGAAAUGAAAGCUGACCCCCAGAUUUUGCCAUUUAUCUAGCUCUAGGUGAUAGCCAAAGUCCCCCCCCCCCCGUUGUACUGUUUUGUGUCUCUUAUUUGCUCAUUUCCCAAAUUUUAUACAAAGAAAAGAAAUGAAAGCUGGCACAGUAGGCUUGGCUCCUCUCUACCCAAUCCAACCCGCCUCACAGGGCUGUUGUGGGGGAAAAUAGGACAUACGUUUGCUGUCCUGAGUUACUUAUAAAGUAGUAAAAGGCAAGAUAAAAAUCUAAUCAAUACAAAAAUGGCCGCCACGGAUGGGGUCCCUAAGGCGGUUAACUCUGGACUCCUGUUUGCAGUUCGACCCCUAAGCCUGCCAUUUAAGGUGCCAUGGGAAAGAUGAAUGAAACUGGCAGAAAUGUGUGUUAAGAUUCAGAAAAGGGUGUUGGCCUCAUGUUGGGCACUUGCCAUAGACAUGACUGAGACUGUUGGUGGGUAAAGCAGAACGAAAACAUACGAAAGGGUUGGCGUUUCCCAACACCCUUGGAAAUAAAAACUUCCACUCCAGAAUCCAGAGAAACUCAAGUCACUCUUAAAAGUCAGUUUUCCCCCCUCGGGUUGUUGAUUGCACCAUCAACAGGCCUCAAUUGCCAAAUGUUCUCUUCCCUCCCUCUCUUCUCACGAGGUCAGUUGCAUAACCUGUAGGAAAAUACCAGAAUGGAGUUGCCCAAACGUAUUAUUGAACCCAAAUUAGCUCUAGCCACACCUUUCCAAGCAAUGCAGAGGAACAUGGAAAAGGAGAAGCUGCCGACGCUGCCCAAACACCAACAGUAGCAGUUGACACCCCGUGGGAUCAACAUAGGGUGCCGUGCAUGCAACAUCAAGCAACCCUUUUUGAGUAUGGAGUUGCUCCUGAGGCAGGAGCGGAAAAUGCCAGAUGUGCUUAUAGCUUGGCAACGUCCCUAAACCGCAGGGAAAUGGCCAUAUGCUUCCUCUUGAUGAUCUGCCUCAUUUGGAUGCCAUUUUUUGCUUCAGCUGCGUUAUUAGCACCCCCUCAGAAUAUUACAAUUCUGUCCACCAAUAUGAAGCACUUUCUCAUUUGGAGCCCAGUUGCAGAGAUUGAGCCUGGCAAGGUUGUAAAAUACUCAGCCGAAGUUCAAGGGGAAUACGAGAGAGACUAUGGCAAAGACAGGUGGCUUCCCACUGCAGAAUGCACAGAUGUUAGUCUUACUCAGUGUGAUCUCACUGAAGACAUCUCAGCUAAUGUGCCAUAUAAUCUACGUGUUAGAGCAUCUACCGGGACGCAGACCUCCCCUUGGGCCACACUCAACGGCUUCUUCAAUCGUGCCACAACAUCCCUCAUUCCGCCAAGGUUGACCGUCACCACUGAUGGAUAUCACUUGUUAGCAGAAUUAGAACACCUGGGACCUUCCUUUGAAUUCUGGAUAUUUUACUGGAAGAAAGGCCCAGAAUCUACAGUUUACCGCAAAGUGGUGAAAGAAAGCAGCACCACUGUGCAUCUGAAAACGAUGGAGGCUGGGGCUGAAUAUUGUGUCAAAGCUCAAACCUAUGUGCAAGUGAUCAAUAGGAGCAGCAAUUUCAGCGAGGUGCAGUGCGUGAAAUCAGAAGAUGCCAAAGUCAUAAUGUUGACCUUUGCCCCACUCUUCCUGAUUAUUUUUUUUGUGGCUGUUUUGGUCCUUCCUUUUCUUGCUUGGAAGACCUGUCGGAUCUGCCAGUAUUCCUUCUGCCCAGACGAGGUCCUCCCAGAUACUUUGAAACUAACGGCAUCACCCGCUAAGAUACUAAAGGAGAGGGGAGAAGAGAUGGAGAAAUGUGAUGAAUCAGUGCAAGUGUUGCCUUCCGAAGAGAUUUUGCUUCAUUUUUGGAUCCAUGAAACUCUUUAAUAUCACCCUAAUUGCAAACUGAGAUGAGCAGCCUUCCUCUCCUUCUUGAACCCCUCUUCAGGCACACACACGGUUUCUACUGAGAAGGACAAACUGCACAAAGAUGGGAACCAAAAUAUAUUUGGUAUCGGGGAGGGGUUCCAGCAACUUGGAUUUCUUCAUCCUUGCUUGACAAAGAAGUGUAGACAGGUUGAGGUUUGCAAACAGACCAUCUUUACAGCCACUUACUCAAUUACUGUCUGUUUCAUUGGGAUGUAAGGAUCUUGAGCCAAUCCCAUUCCUCUGGUUCCUUAGAAAGGUAAUAUUGGAAAGAGGUACAAGUCCAAGUCUUGUUUUCUGAUUCAUGCUUGCAACCCAGGAGGAAUAGAGGAAAAUACCAGGAGGUAUUCUGUCUUAGUUGUACAGUAUAUUCUAUAAGAAAGCAAGUUGCAUGAAAUGGUUCCUUUUGGGGGAUUAUUUAUUACAAUCCUUGUGGGCUUUAGCUACAGGCUCUCAAGUCUUCCGAAAGCAAUGGUGAUCUAGAUGCCACUAUAUUUCCACUUUUUACAGAAAGGCAAUCAGUGAGAGCCCAAAACGCAGACAUUUGGGUUGAGAUUUAGUGGAUCAUUCAAUCAACUGUUCAAAGAAAGGCUCAAACAUAAGCAUUCCUAGGCAUUAUGGCCUACUCUGACUAUUUGUUGUGACACUGUCAUUCCACAUAUGACGGCAAAUCAGCUUAUCUAGAUAAGGUCCUCUUUUUCAUGUGAGUUCUAGAAUCAAGUACAAAACUCUAACUCAUAGCUGGCUUGUGGGCUGUAUUUUGGAGUAAUUUCUUUCCUUUUCGAGGUUCCUAGGUAGCUGUCUUAUUUCCAACUGCCAAAUCUUAGUAAAACAUAGCUGCUUUCCACAAGCUGAAAUGCUUACUGCAGAAUAGGAAUUCAAAGUUCAGAAGUUUUCUAUUCCCGGAUGAGAUUUUAAAUGAUUUUUUUUCUUUGCUUGUGCUUUUUAACAUGCAAGCACUGAAAUGCUUAAAUGCAUAUUUAAAUUAUGGAGCUGAGUUUUUAUUUACUUUUUGUCUGUACAGGUGACUUUUAAGUGCAGUUCACAUACUUGGAGGUUUAAGAUGGGUGUAAACCUUUGUAUAUUUCUUAAUAUCAGCCAUACAACAGCUACAUAUCUCGCUGUGCAUCUAUAUUUAUAGCCUGAUCACUCCUAAGAUUUGCUAUGGCUAAAAACAAAUGUAUGGGAAGACAUCAGAUAAUGCAAAAUUGUGACUAUUGGGCUGGGAGGGGAACUAGGCUCUGGCAAAUUCACAUAAAUUAAGUGGCUUGAUUCACACUUCAUACUAAGCCAUGAGGUGAUUUGUUUAGUUUUCAGCUUAUUGCAUUGUGAAAAUCCAGGUGCUGUGACUUAUAGGUAGCUUAUGCCUUAGCAUGAGAUGCUAAGAAUAUUAUGCAUCAUAUUCAACAACUCUAGCAAAAUGAGAUUGUAUAGUGAUAUCCAAGAUCCUUUUAGAUUUCGUAACAAAAAAUUCCCUUAUGUGUCUGCCUGAACUUUUAACAAGUGCACAAAAGGCAGAAUCUUAAAUCAGCCCAGCAUUUUGUGCCACCAACUCUGCAGGCAGGAAAAAAACUGCACCAGGAAAAUCUUGGGUCUGUCAUGCAGCUAUUAAACCAUAGUCUUCAUCUAUUAAAAAUCAAAGGCAACCUGUUAACAGUAGUUUCAAGGAAGGUUGAAGGGGGACAGUUAGAAAUUGUAGCUGAUCCUUUUUUCCCCCAUCAGUCAGAUUUUUCUUUCACCCUUAAGGCAAUUAAGUCUGUCAUUAAGAAAAUGAAAAUGUUAGAGGAUUGCUGUGAACAUUGCUGCCUGGUUCAAUAGCAAUGGUUUGCAAUAAUAGAACAGAAUCAGAAUGUGUUUAUGAUUCAUGAUUUGAACGUUGGCCUGAUUUAAAUAUAUACAAAAUAAUCCAUAAGUAAACAUUUGUUAUUUACAAUGGAUUUAUGGCAACUUGUAGUAACAGUAACAUAAAUUUGACAGAAUUGUUCCUUCUUUAUUACUGUAAAUCUAUAUAAUUCAAUAUACCUGUUUCAGGUAAAAGGAAUGCAUAGAUAGUCCUCAGCUUAUAACCAGUUGGAACUUCUGUCACUAAACAAGGCAAUAGUUAAGCAAGCUACAUUCAAUUUUGUCUUUUUUUUAAUGCAGUCAUUAAUGGGGAAUCUGACUUUCCCCAUUGACUUUACUUGUUGGAAGUGACUAGGAAGGUCAUAAAUGGCAAUCACAUUAUUCCAGGAUGCUAGUUAUCAUAAAUACACGUCCAACUUUUGAUCAUGUGACCACAGGGAUGGUGCAUUAGUUGUCAAUGAACAGACUUUUUAGUGCUGCUGUAGCUUCAAAUGAUAAUUAAACAAAUGGUCAUAAGUUGAGGACUACCUAUAUAAUGUUGGCUUUAAUUCCAUUACCAGGAAGAGAGUCUUGCUGAAUUAAAUAAAAUGUAUUAAGAACACAAACAAAAACUGAAGUAGUAUUGUCACACCUUUACAUGUCUGAAAUCAGAA